AUGCACUGGGGCGGUUCUCAGCCGAGCGUGAAGCAGCUGGAGUCCACUCCUCAGAUGGGGGCAGAGAACAAGCUGGGCUGGGCCUUUGGUUUGGGUCUAGAGAGACUAGCCAUGGUUCUGUACAGCAUCCCAGACAUCCGGCUGUUCUGGAGCCAAGACGAACGUUUCCUCAAACAAUUCAGAGUUCAGGACCUCCAGAAACCCAUCUGCUUCCAGCCUCUCAGUAAGUAUCCUGCGCUCCACAACGACAUCGCCUUCUGGUUACCAGACGCCAAAGACAGCGAGUCGGAGCCAGAGAGCUUCACCGUGAACGAUUUCUACGAGUUGGUGCGAACGGUGGGAGGAGACCUGGUGGAGAAGGUCACGCUCGUGGACGAGUUCACGCAUCCCAA